GGUCGACGUUCUGGUCGCUGAAGACUGGUCAACAAUGCGUAACGGGCCUUACGUUUGGUCUGCAAGAAAGUUUCCUGUCGUGUGAACCAUUCGUGUAUUCGAUUUCACGAACUUCAUUUCUCGUGUUAGCUGCUUGUGCACCAUCAUGCACCAUCGUUAGUAUUUUUCAUGGUCGCCGCGACCAACUUGUUCAGGAAUUCUCAUAAUAUUUUCUUGCGAAAUCUUUGGUUGCCGACGACCUUUGGUCGCCGGCGACCGUUCAACAGAGUACAUAACAACCCUUGUAAUGAACUUCGAUACGGAAAAAUUUAUUUUAGAAAUUGAAGCACACAAGGCAAUUUGGGAUUCAUCUUGCAAUGACUAUACCAAUCGAGAAAUUAAAAAAGCCCAAUGGGAAGAGAUAAUUAAUUUAUUUGCAAGUGAAGAUUUUACUGAAAAGGAGAAAAAGGAAUUUGGUUUAAAUCUUCAAAAAAGAUGGAAAAAUUUAAGAAGUUGCUUCUCGAGAGAAGUACGAAGAAUGAAAAAUGCCAACAGUCUAUCUCCUGCAUCACGUAAAAGUCCUUACAUCUUUUAUAAUCAGCUUCAAUUUUUAAAAAAUAUAAAUGUAGACACAAAUACAGAAAACGUCUAUGAGGAGAAUGACCAAAUCGAAGAUGGUACAUUAGGACCAUAUUCAAGACACACUACGAAGUUUAGAAAAAAGUCUACAGAUAAUACAAAUGAGGAAUUAAUAAAUAUCUUACAAACAUCCAUGGGCGGCCGACCAUGGAGAGAAACUUUGGAAGAAGAUGAAGACCGCAUGUUUCUACUGUCACUUUUGUCAUCAUUUAAAAAAAUUCCCGAGCAUAAAAAGUCCUUAACGAAAAUUCAAAUAAUACAAUUAAUUGAAUCGGCUCAAUUCACGGAUAAUUUUCCGGAUUUAAAACGACCGCAAACGAAUGUUCAAUUAAAUAAUUACAAGAUGCAUGAUUGUAAUCCAAGUGAUUACUAUCAGACGCAUCAUUCCGCCGGUCGGCAUACAACAACAUUGGAAAAUAUACAACAAUCCCAGCAUUUUUCUUCGUCCACAUCGUCGUCUGAAAAAUCUGAAUAUUAGAAGAAUUACAUUAAUUAUUUUCGUAUUUUAUUUCACGAGUUCAUAUCUUUUAGUUUUCUCAUUGUAUAAUAUGUUUUAAUGUACCUGAAUAAAUAACUUAUUUUAAAAUAAGAAAUAGUUUUCCUUUAGGAGGAUUGAAAUGAAUAUCUCAUAUUCAUGCCUGUUGUUAGACCUAUUAUACGCAUUGCCAAUCAGUUGUCAACUAUUAUUAGAUUCAGGAGCACGCUAUCGCUUUUGCAUCAAAACAUAAAUGACGCUGAAAAAGUAAUGACUUGAGACUUUUAAAAACUAUUGAGACGAAUUAAGAGAAAUGAAUAAAUUGUUGAUAAAAUACAAAUUGAAAAUCGGAUUACAUACUUACUGUAAAGCUAGCGAUUAUAAAUCUAUAUAUAAUAAAUACACAACAGACAUCAAAAUUAAAGUUAGGAUAUAAAUAUUUUUGAUCCUUUAGUGAAACAAAAAUAAUGUGUAAUAAUCUUUACACAUUACAAAGAGUAGAUGAGCACGAGGGACUGUUACAAAUGCCAAUAGUAGCCGAUUUUAUAUGUGAAACCAUCGAUAAAUAGAGACAAAGAUAUUUCAGAUUGAGAAGGUAAAUGUUUUCUGAAAACAUUUUCUGAAUGUUCCCUGAAGAGUGAGUGCUUGAUCAGACUUGUCGAGUAUGGGAUCGAUAUAGAUGAAUGACAAAUGACGCACGUUAAACUGACAUCUGACGCACGUUUAACUGAUGUCUAAAGCACGUAGAACUGACGUCUAACGGACGUUAAACUGACGUCUGACGGACGUUGAACGGACGUUGAACGAACGUCUGACGGACGUCUGAUGGAUGUUGGCGGACGUUGGCGCACGUCUGACGGACGUCUGACGGACGUUGGUGGACGUUGGCGGACGUCUGACGCACGUAGAACGAACGUUCAAGCACGUCCGACGGACG